AUGUACGUGGUUUAUGGCCGGUAACCGUGUGAUGGGCGCAUUUUCUAGCCACAACGCAGAUCGGCGCGCUUCCUCCCCAUCUGGCCGUGGAUCAUGGCUGUGAGGGCUGGCGCAGUUUAGAGGCGUGAGGCGGCAAAGCUCGCGACAACUACACCUACUGCAUUCAGCGCUGGCGGGAGCGGCAGCUGCUAUCCAAGAAGAAGUCCUGCCCCGUGAAGAUGUCUUCCAUGAGCGUUGUUGCCGUACUUCUUCUCCUUUGCGGACUUCACUCAGCUAACGCGUGGUGGAAAUGCCACGAGUGCAUUGACUCGUUCACGGUCAACUUACAAGUGAGCCCUGCUCGCUUUGCCGGCAGUGACAACGAGGGGCCAAUGUCACAUCAUCUAGAUCUGCUGUUUGCUUGCAAUCCCAUCCCACUGUUCAGUGAUCUGAGUGAACUACUGGAGAAGCACGAUCAUCUAGUGGAGAGUCUUAUUCUUCCCAACAUCAGUCUUCCAGAGUUCAAGAGCAAACACCCUGCCAGCGUUGCAUUUGAUACCGUGCGGCAGGACAUCCCUCUCGAUGGCAUUAUUCUCCGACUCCACAGCCGUACGUACAUGGAGAAAGUGAGCGUUAACGUUACAGAUAUCUGCGGCACGUGUGUAACACCAAAGAUGAUCAAAGAGAUCACCAUCAAGGCUGGAAACACGGACGGAAUUAAAGUUCGCAGUGUCAGCGUCUUCGCCAACUUCAAGGACAAGACGUCCGGAUUUGUGGCCCUGGACACUAGGUUUCCGCGAGCACGUGGAUCUGGCUGGGUGGAUCUAAACAAAUUCCCGUCGUCUUUCAGUACGCCUGUUCUGCCUCUGACCAAGACUGGCUGUUAACCUUUCUCAUGCGUUGCACACUGCAUUUUCGCAGGGGAUCUUUUGCUAUUCUAUUUUUCCUUUUUCUCACUUCACCCUUUUUUUUCACCGCCCUGCACUUGUUGAUUACUGACACACAGAUUUUUACGGCUAGCCUUCCUGCAGUGUAGCAGUCUCGCCACGUGAAUCAUUCUCUCUCUCGGUCUCUCUCUCUCUCUCCUUUGUGUUCUGCAUGAUUUCCACAAGUAAGUUCCUAAGAAGAUUA